UGGGAACUUUUGGGAAUUUUCCAGGAAUUUUCCAGGAAUUUUCUGAGAACUUUCCCAGUAUUUUCUGGGAAUUUUCGCUUUUCCUGGUGGAAUUUUGGGUUUUUUUCCUGCUGGAAUUUGGGUUUUCCCAAUGGAAUUUUGGUUUUUUUUUCAUUUUUCCCGCUGGAAUUUUUUUCCUUCCCGGGGAAAUUUGGGAUUUUCCUGAUGGGAAAAUUUUGUUUUUUCCGCCCGUUCAGGUUCUGGGAAUAAAAGUAGAGACCAAGGACCCGGUGCUGAAGCUGAGCCUGGCCCGCAGUGUCUGCAUGAUCGGCCGCGCCCUGGCCUGCGGUUACCCCGGCAACCGCCCCGGCAAAUUCGGGAAUUACCCCGGCAACCACCCCGGCAAGCUCGGGAAUUACCCCGGCAACGACCCCGAUGAGUCCGGCGGUUACCCCGGCAACGACCCCGAUGAGUUCGGAGGUUACCCCGGCAACGACCCCAAUGAGUCCGGCGGUUACCCCGGCAACGACCCCGUUGAGUUCGGCGGUUACCCCGGCAACGACCCCGAUGAGUGCGGCGGUUACCCCGGCAACGACCCCGGCGGCGCCGGCAGCAUCGCCUGCAAGGCCCAGCUGGUGGCGCUCAUGGUGGAAUUCCUGCGGGCGGAGCCGGCGGAGGCGCUGCGGACGCGGCUGCGGCAGAGAGCGCUCAGCGCCUGCGCCCACCUGGUAGCCCUGGAGCCGCCGCUGAGCGACUCCGAGCGCUCCGAGCUGCUGGACACGGCCCUGGCCUCCGUCCUGGCCCUGCCCCUGCCUGAAUCCGGGAAAAACCCCCAGGAUCCCCCAGCCCAGGACCUUCUCUCGGGAGCUCUGGGGGCUCUCUCGGAGCUGCUCCGGGCGCUGCUCCGGAGGCGCCUCAGCCCCGCCGGCCUCCAGGAGAUCUUCGAGCACUUGGGGCCCUGGAUCCGCUCCCCGCGCCCCCCGGAGCGGCUGCGAGCGCUCGGCCUCAGCAAAGCCCUGCUGGGAUCCUGCCUGCGGCACCUGCGCGUCACCUCGGUGACUCCGUUCCCGGCCCUGGGUCCCCUCCUGGCGCUGCUGGCCCCGCGCUGCUCGGACGGAAUUCCGCAGAUCCGCCGCCAUUCCCUGGAUUGCGUCGGGGCCCUGCUGCGCAUCCAGCUCUGCUGCCAAGGAUUUUCUCGGGAUCCGGACGAGCUGCUGGAGGGGCUGGAGGAGCUGAAGGAGGGGCUGGAAAAUCACGAUUUUUCCGUCCUUUUCCACACCUGCAGCACGAUUGGAGUGGUUCUGGGCAGGAGAAUCCCCCCGGAGCAGCUCCCGGGGCUGCUCCUGGCUCUGCUGGAGGCCUGGGAGGAUCCCGAGCGGAAUUGCGCCCGCGCCGCCGCCGCCAUCGGCAACGCCCUCAUCCGGGACAGGGGGGGGAUCCUGCAGGACAAGGUUCCGGAGCUGCUGGCGGCGCUGCACGGGCGGCUGCAGGCGCUGCAGCCGCAGGAGGAGCUGCAGCAGCAGGCGCCGGAGCUGCAGGAGGCGGCGCAGCAGCUGCGGCGGGCGGCGCAGAGCGCGGUGCUGCUCCUGGCGCUGCAGCACCCGCAGGCCGUGGUGGGCGGCCUGCUGGGCAGCGCCCUGCCCUUCGACCGCCCCACGCGAGCCAUGUGGCGGGCGCUGGGCGGGGAGCGGGCGCUGACCUCGCGGGUGCUGGAGCAGCUCCUGGAGCGCCUGGGCCGCGAGAUUCCCUUCAAGGAGAGCCGAGCCUCCCUGCUGGGCGGCGCCUCCCAGCGCCUGGCCACCGCCCCGCCCCUGGCCGCCACGCUCGCCCUGGAUGAGCUCAUGUCUGUGCCGGAGGCGGCGGCCGCGGUCCUGGAGCGAUUCCCGGCGCUGUUCGCGGCGCUGCUGCUGCGCCUCGGCUGCGCCCUGGGCCUGCGGCUGCCCCGGGCCCUGCAGGGACGGGAGAGCGCCGGCCUGCAGCCCUGCAGCGGCGCCGUGCGGACGCUGAAGGCGAUGCUGGCGCGGGCCGGGAACGACGACGUCGUCCAGGACGUGGCAAGCGCCGGGGACUGGGAACUGAUGGAAAUUCCCGAGCGGCACCACGACGGAAUCGCCCUCCUGGCCAGGGCCAUGGCUCGGCUCUGCGGGCCCCGGCUGCCACCGAUCGUCCGGAGCCUGAUCCCGGUGCUGGGAAGCGCCUUGGAGUGCCAGAGGGUGACCAGCAGCGCCUUCCUGGCCGAGCUCCUGAACCACAACGUGGUGAACGACCUGGUGCUGCUGGAGCCCAUCCUGGACGCGCUGACGGCUCUGGAGAAGGAUUCCUGCCUCCUGGUGCGGGUCCUGGCGCUCCGGGGGCUCGGCAACGUGGCCUCGGGAUCCCCGGAAAAGAUCCGGAGGCACGGCUCGCAGCUGCUGGCCUCCAUGGUCACCGGCAUGGACGACAAGGACGAUCCCAACAAUCUGCUGGCGCUGGAGGCCAUGUCCAGCCUCUCCAAAAUCCUGGAUCACCUGGAGGAGCGGGACGUGCAAUCCAUGCUGCUCCACGUCGCCAUCCGCAUCCGGCCCUUCUUCGACAGCGAGCACGCGGAGCUCCGGCACUCCUCCAUCCUCCUCUUCGGGAGCCUGUCCCGCUUCGGCCGCUCCGACUCGGAGGCGCUCUCGGAGCAGAUCCUCAACGGGCUGGUGACGCUGCUGCUGCACCUGCAGGACCCGCAGCCCCGCGUGGUCAAGGCCUGCAAGUUCGCCCUGCGGAUGUGCGGGCCCAGCCUGGGCUGCGAGGGGCUCCGGGAAAUGUUCGGGAAUCACCUGCGGGAAGAGCGGGGGCUGCACUACGGGGAGUUCAUCAACGACGCCUGCAAGUUCCUGAUGCGCAGCCACCCCGCCCUGCUGGGCCGCCUCAUCUCCACCAACCUCUUCUACUUCAAGAGCCCCUGGCGGGAGCUGCGGGCGGCGGCGGCCAUGUUCAUCGGGUUCCUGGUGCUCCACGUGGACGAGGAGCAGGCCCAGCAGCUGGACCUGGACCAGCUCAUCUCCGCCCUGCAGCUGCUGCUGAAGGAUCCGGUUCCCGCCGUGCGCAGCAAGGUGGCCGAGACCCUGGGACGCCUCGUCCGCCUCCUCUGAAUCCCAGAAUUCCCAAAAUUCCCGGAAUUCCCGGCUCUGAGACCCUGGGACGCCUCGUCCGCCUCCUCUGAAUCCCGGAAUUCCCAAAAUUCCCGGGAAUUCCCAGCUCCGAGACCCUGGGACGCCUCGUCCGCCUCCUCUGAAUCCCGGAAUUCCCAAAAUUCCCGGGAAUUCCCGGCUCCGAGACCCUGGGAUGCCUCGUCCGCCUCCUCUGAAUCCCGGAAUUCCCAAAAUUCCCGGGAAUUCCCGGCUCCGAGACCCUGGGACGCCUCGUCCGCCUCCUCUGAAUCCCGGAAUUCCCAAAAAUCCCGGGAAUUCCCGGCUCCGAGACCCUGGGACGCCUCGUCCGCCUCCUCUGAAUCCCGGAAUUCCCAAAAUCCCCGGGAAUUCCCGGCUCCGAGACCCUGGGACGCCUCGUCCGCCUCCUCUGAAUCCCGGAAUUCCCAAAAUUCCCAGGAAUUCCCAGCUCUGAGACCCUGGGACGCCUGGUCCGCCUCCUCUGAAUCCCGGAAUUCCCAAAAUCCCCGGGAAUUCCCGGCUCCGAGACCCUGGGACGCCUCGUCCGCCUCCUCUGAAUCCUGGAAUUCCCAGAAUUCCCGGAAUUCCCGGAAUUCCCGGCUCGGCUCAGCAAUACCCCGGGGGAUCCCAACCCAUGGGAAAAGUCUUCCAUCAUCGCCUUCGUCCUCGGGGGCAAAAAAAAAAGUGGGAAAAGGGCCGGGAUUUGGGCUGGGAUCCGGACAGAUGCCGACCCCGCCCCUCCGGCUGCUUCCCGCUGGAUCCGGGAUCCACUCCCAGCCCUGCUCCGGUGGGUGACGGGAUCCCUUCCCGGAAUUCCCCCCUGGAAUCGCCCCUGUACAGAGACCUCUUUCUAAAUAAAGCUUUCGGCUCCCGA